AUGUCUGCUACCAAGUCAAUUGUUGGUGAGGCAUUGGAAUAUGUAAACAUUGGUUUAAGCUAUUUCUUGGCUUUACCAUUGGCGCAAAGGAUUUCUUUGAUCAUAAUAGCUCCAUUCAUUUACAAUAUUGUGUGGCAAUUACUAUAUUCUUUGAGAAAAGACCGUCCACCUCUAGUUUUUUACUGGAUUCCAUGGGUCGGUAGUGCUAUUGCAUACGGUAUGAAGCCAUACGAAUUCUUCGAAGAAUGUCAAAAGAAGUACGGUGAUAUCUUCUCAUUUGUUCUAUUAGGUAGAGUCAUGACUGUUUAUUUAGGUCCAAAGGGCCACGAAUUUGUCUUCAAUGCUAAGUUGGCUGAUGUUUCAGCAGAAGCUGCUUACGCUCAUUUGACGACCCCAGUUUUCGGUAAAGGUGUUAUUUAUGAUUGUCCAAAUUCAAGAUUGAUGGAACAAAAGAAAUUCGUUAAAGGUGCUCUGUCCAAAGAAGCCUUCAAGAGUUAUGUGCCAUUGAUUGCUGAAGAAGUCUACAAGUACUUCAGAGACUCUAAGAAUUUCCGUUUGAAUGAAAGAUCUACUGGUACCAUUGAUGUCAUGGUCACUCAACCUGAGAUGACCAUUUUCACUGCUUCAAGAUCGUUAUUGGGUAAGGAAAUGAGACAAAAGUUGGAUACCGACUUUGCUUACUUGUACAGUGAUUUGGAUAAAGGUUUCACCCCAAUUAAUUUCGUCUUUCCUAACUUACCAUUGGAACACUACAGAAAGAGAGAUCAUGCUCAAAAGGCUAUUUCCGGUACUUACAUGUCUUUGAUUAAGGAAAGAAGAAAGAACAACGACAUUCAAGACAGAGAUUUGAUUGAUUCUUUGAUGAAGAACUCUACAUACAAGGAUGGUGUCAAGAUGACAGAUCAGGAAAUUGCUAACUUGUUAAUUGGUGUCUUGAUGGGUGGUCAACAUACUUCUGCUGCCACUUCUGCUUGGAUUUUACUGCACUUGGCUGAAAGACCAGAUGUUCAACAGGAAUUAUACGAGGAACAGAUGCGCGUUUUGGACGGUGGUAAGAAAGAAUUAACUUAUGAUUUACUAGAAGAAAUGCCAUUAUUAAACCAAGCUAUCAAGGAAACUUUAAGAAUGCACCACCCAUUGCACUCUUUGUUCCGUAAGGUCAUGAAGGACAUGCACGUUCCAAACACUUCUUACGUCAUUCCAGAAGGCUACCACGUUUUGGUUUCCCCAGGUUACACUCAUUUAAGAGACGAAUACUUCCCACAUGCUCACCAGUUUAACAUUCACCGUUGGAACAACGAUGCUGCCUCUUCUUAUUCUGUCGGCGAAGAAAUCGAUUACGGUUUCGGUGCCAUUUCCAAGGGUGUCAGUUCCCCAUACUUACCUUUCGGUGGUGGUAGACAUAGAUGUAUUGGUGAACACUUUGCUUACUGUCAACUAGGUGUUUUGAUGUCUAUCUUUGUUAGAACUUUGAAAUGGCAUUUCCCAGAAGGUAAGACUGUCCCAUCUCCUGACUUUACAUCUAUGGUUACUCUUCCAACCGGUCCAGCCAAGAUUAUCUGGGAAAAGAGAGAUCCAGAACAAAAGAUCUAA